AUGGUGUAUAUGUUCCCGAUUGAGCGUGAAAGCCAGAAGGCUAUUAUCGCCGGCGCAGUCGUUUUCUCAUUGCUGCCGACGGCUGCCGUUGUUCUGCGAAUGGUGGCGCGGUCGAGACUCGAGGUUCGCACUCUUGAUCUGAGCGACUGGCUCAUCCUGUUGGCAUGUGUUGUCGCAGUCGCGUACCAAGCACUCGCAGUCGCCUGCGCUGUGGUUGGGGGGAUGGGAUACCACACGACUGAGGUCCUUGCGAUGGGAGGGCCGGAUUCAUUCACCCUUCUCAUGAAGCUUGUGACCGUGGUCGUGAUCUUCUGGUCGCUCAGUCUCGGGUUGACGAAGCUCUCCAUCCUCGCCUUGUAUGCCAAAAUUUUCUCCGUUGGGAAAUUCGUCCUGAUCACUCAAGCCUGUGCCGUAUUCGUCGUGAUCUGGGCCAUGGUCCUAUUCAUCGGUGCCUUCACCACAUGUUCGCCGGUUGAGUACAACUGGGACAAAUUCUCGACCGUGGGAACCUGUGGCGACGUCAGGAUGUUGUGGGCUGUAACCGGAGGGCUCAAUAUCUUCUCCGACCUGGUUGUCAUGCUCCUGCCCAUGCCUUAUAUUUACGGUCUGUCGCUACAGCUGUACAAGAAGAUUGGGUUGAUGGUGACUUUUGGGAUCGGGCUUGCAGUUUGCAUUGUAAGCACCGUCCGACUCGCCGAGAUUAUCAAGAUCGACAUGAACGACUUCCCAUAUUCCGGGGGUAUCGCACUCAUGUUCAGUGCACUGGAACCAUGUCUGCUGGUAACUGCAGCAUGUAUCCCGCUUCUCCGCCCAUUAGUAUCUCGAAACAAUUCCACAGACAAGGCCAACAGCUACGCCGGAGGCAAUACCAAAGACAAGAUCGGAGCUUCUUCCACUCCUUGGACAGGGGGCUUUUCGGAACUGCAUGACGACGACGGCUCAACAAAACAACUACACAUGGGACAGUCCCAAUAUGGUGGGCGGGCAACUGCUGCGGUAGAUGGUAGUUCCUUUGAUUCCUCCUAUGGAGCCGAAAACCGUCACUCCAACAUAGAAUUGAAAACUAUCACGGUUAAGAGGGACUGGAGGGUUGAAGAAUCCGCUGUCUGA